GCAAAGGCGGGAACGUUCACAGAAAAACUCCUCAGUCAGUCAGCCUGCCUGCGGGGGGAAGGGAGCUUCAGUCUUGGCGGCGCCUUCCCGGCCUUCCGCUUUCGAGCUAUUUCUGGGCUUCAGCGGCCACCGUCGCCUCUCUCGCUCGCCGCCCAGAUUCAAAUAGCGCCGCCGCCGUCAGCUGGAGCCGGUGAGGAAGGAGCGCGCGGCUGUUUGUUGCGACGGGGAGAGUCGGGCCUUCCUCGCUGUCUCCGGCUGGGGGCAGACCCGGGGCCGCCAGCGACUCUGGGGACAGGCAGAAUAAUUUUCAACUAUGGCUGCAGAAACUGCCUUCAAGACUCCUAGCAAGUCUUCGGGGGGAAAUAGCUCAGGACAGGGUAGCUCUUCACCCUCAAUAGCUAUUCCACCCUCUCCUUUCAUGCAGAAGCUUGGGUACGGAACUGGAGUCAAUGUUUAUCUUAUGAAAAGGUCUCCCAAAGGCAUCUCUCACUCUCCCUGGGCUGUGAAGAAAAUCAAUCCCAAAUGUGACUCCAGUCAGCGAAGCACAUAUCAAAACAGGCUGAAUGAAGAAGCAAAGGUUCUAAAAACCCUUCAGCACCCAAACAUUGUGGGAUAUCGUGCAUUUGCUGAAGCCAAAGAUGGGAGCAUGUGUCUUGCCAUGGAGUAUGGGGGAGAAAAGUCUCUCAAUGACCUCAUUGAAGAAAGGAAUUCAAAACACCAGGGGCCCUUUUCAGCAGCUACCAUCCUCAAAGUUGCCUUGCACAUGGCAAGGGGGCUGAAGUAUCUACACAAUGACAAGAAAUUGCUUCAUGGUGACAUCAAGUCUUCCAAUGUUGUCAUCAAAGGUGACUUUGAGUCAAUAAAGAUCUGUGAUGUGGGUGUUUCGCUGCCUUUGGAUGAGAAUAUGAUGGUGAGUGACUCAGAAGCUGAUUAUGUUGGCACUGAACCCUGGAACCCCAAAGAAGCUCUUGAGGAAGAUGGCAUCAUCACCGACAAGGCUGACAUCUUCACGUUUGGGCUUACGCUCUGGGAGAUGAUGACUCUUUCCAUACCUCAUCUUAACCUCCCCAGAGAAGAGGAGGAGUCAGAGUUAGAAGAGGCUUCUUUCGAUGAAGAUGCUUUUGAUGAGGAUGCCUACUAUGCAGCCCUUGGGACUCGGCCACCACUCAACAUGCAAGAGCUGGAUCCCUCCUAUCAAAAGGUCAUUGAGCUAUUUUCUCUCUGCACUAUUGAGGAUCCACGGAAACGUCCUGCAGCUGCACACAUCGUGGAUGUCUUGGAGGCAGAAGGAUCCAUACAAUAAGUGCUCCUUCUACAUCCCUGCACUACUAGUGCAACUUCUCCAUUUCCUUUUAGAUGUUUGUCUGGUUGUUUAGUGUAUAGCAUUAUUACAUUGGGAUAUAGAAUUUUCAGUUUCCCAUAAUUUAAAUUUAUUAGAAGAGGGUGAUCUUAACCCUGUUCCAAUUUAAGCUGUUUAGAAUACCCAGACUGUAAAUAUUCUAUACUCCAGAAAGAUUGUUCCAAGUUGUGCCUUUAGUGACACCAUUUCUUUUUUUUUCUUUUUAAACUGACUUGCUGAUAACCUGAUGCUUUUAGGGACCUUGUGGGCUAGUGCUUCAGUAUUGUAAGUAUGAAGAAACCUGGUCAGGACUAGCAACAUUUUCUUUGUCUCUCUCUCCUUCCCUGUUCCUCCUCCUGACUUGUGUUCUGGUCAAGUCGUAUGUUUGCAUUGCUUGUUUUAUUCUUGACUCAUACUUCUCUCUCCUAUGAUCUAAUAUGAUCCUUAGAUCAACUGCUGUUAUUGCUUGGUGAAAUAAAAAAACCCUUCAGUUUUCGU